AUGCCGAGCAUGGCCCGAUUCGGUCGGGCCAAAAAGCCUCCCAAGCCAGAGGUUGACAAUCCCCAUGCUAACGCCGCAAAGCUCGUCUCAACACCUCCAGAUCCCUCUUCCGAACCGCCUCGGAUCACGCUGUCGCAUGUCGAACCGCAUCUAAAUAUGCACCAGCACAAUGGCUUGUUCGAGGCCGACUCGCCCGGGCGACAUUCCGAUCCGUCACCCGAAACUACCAUCGCCUCCGACACAACUUACACCAAUGGCUCGACAAGCCCCCCCAACGGCGACUCCGCCCUCCACAAAUCCACCUCCGAAUGGUCCUCCGCCGUCGGCCACGCCGCCACCGGAAAAUCCGGCCGGGUAAUUCACAAUCUGCAGGAGGACAUCGCACGACUGACGCGGGAAUGCGGGGUGUAUCGGUCCCGGGCGGAGGAAACGCAACGCAUGAACGAGGCGUUCAAGAUCCAGAUCCAGAACAUGACCGAACGCCUGCGCAACCUGGAGCAGGCCAACGAGACGAACCUGCAUUCGAUCGCCCGAAAGGACAAGAAGCUCGACGAGCUGCGCGCCGAGCUCAAAAGCGAACGGGCCCGCCGUGUCCAGGCCGACGACGAGAAGGUCAAGAUCAACCAGCUGAUGGACGAGGCCCGCGACGACUUCAAUCGCAAAUGCGCCGAGCUGCAAGAGAUUGCGAACCACGCGCGCACGCAGUACGAUGUACUUGCCGCCCAUUGUCAGCGGGAGCGCACCGACACCCAGCGCAAACUCGCCUCCCUUCGGGACGAGUUCGAGGGGCUGAAACGGAAACAUCUCGAGAAGGGCUCGCAGGUGGAACGACUGGAUGAAAUCAUGGCCGAGAAGGAUCGCGAGAUCCAGGCGGGCCGGGAGAACUUUGAGAAGCUGUUCGCCGCCUAUUCGGCGUAUAAGCAGGCGCAUGACGACGACGUGCGGUCGCUCGUCGAGAAGGGCCAUCAGGCUGAGAACCGCAUCGACACAGCCCUUGCCUCCUUGAAGGAGACCGAGGUGGAGAUGAAGUGGGUGAUGCGGCUCGAAGGCGAGAAGAAAGCGUCCGCAUAG